GAGCACGAACAGACUUGCCGCAUCAGAAAGUCGUACGGUUAGGGUUGAUGGAUGAUUUUUCACGGAUGCGUUAUGAAUUCAUACGAGGUUCGAUGACAAGAAAUAAGAACAGUCCUUUCAUUACACUGGACUAGACCUGAUCUUUCUUGGACUUUCGUGAUAAAAGAUUUCUUUACAAUUGUACCCAAUAAAUAAAAGUGGACAAGCUUCGUACCUGAAUCGAAAUCCAUCGGAAUGUCGAACCAACUGUUCGCAGCCAAGAGUACGCGAACGAAGAAGAAAAAGAGUGCAUCGAAGGCAAUGGUAGCUGCAUUCUUUUGCGUAUCUUCUUCCCUUUCAGCUCAGGGUGUCCGAGCUUUUAGUACCACCGCCAAAGCCGGUGUAUCUGCCUUUGUUCGAAGCAGCAACCAAAAGCCGCGCACUUUUUCUCCUGCUGCAAGGGCUUCUGCUUCUUUUCCAUUUUCUGUUGACAACAGAGUUGGAUCCUUUGUCGGAACUAAGAAUACAUUCUGGGGCACGCCGACAUCUCUGCGCUUGUCAUCUACUGUCGCCGAUGGAGAAGCGACAAAAGCUUCAUGUGCCUACGAUCUCGAAAACAAAGAAGCGGGAUUGGGGAAUUAUGCUCCGACAGAGUUCGAAAACGACAUAUACAAAUGGUGGGAGUCGGCCGGAUGUUUUCAACCAGACGCCAAACAAACCAAGGAGGAGAGUGAUAAGAACGGCAGAAAACCCUAUGUUCUGCCUAUGCCUCCUCCUAAUGUAACCGGGCGACUUCAUAUGGGGCAUGCUAUUUUCGUAGCUUUGCAAGAUGUCUUGGCCAGAUUCCAUCGAAUGAGAGGCCGACCUGUUCUGUGGUUGCCAGGUACGUUUAAAUUAAUAGACUGAUAUUCAGUUGCAGACGAUGCAUCAAUUUGUGUGCUGUUUGGUUGCGUUCCGCUUUGUCGACAAUCAUGGUGUCCCAUGAGGAUUAACAGCGAUGAAAAGACAAGAGAAAAUGAGUAAUCAGCUCAAACUAAAAUUAUUGUUUCGUGCAUUCAUGCAAUGCUCAGGUACGGACCACGCAGGUAUCGCAACGCAAUUGCAGGUUGAGAAACAGUUGAUUGCCGAGGGGACUUCGCGGGAAGAAGUCGGUCGUGAGGAAUUUCUGGAUCGCGUUUGGACUUACAAAGCUGAACAGGGUGGUCACAUUACCCGUCAGCUUCGAUCUUUGGGAGCAUCUGCCGAUUGGACUCGAGAACGAUUUACCAUGGACAGCGAUUUGUCGGAAGCCGUGUCCGAAGCAUUUGUUAGAUUACAUGACAAGGGGCUUAUUUACCGAGGAGAAUACAUGGUCAAUUGGGCACCUAUGUUAAAAACAGCCGUCAGUGAUUUGGAAGUGGAAUACACUGAAGAAGAAGGCAAGCUUUAUUUUUUCAAAUACAUGGUUGAGGGUUCUGAUGGCGGUAAGUUUGAGCCAUUGAUUUUUUGAUGCGUGCUCUUCGACCAUGGCUUGCAGACGAAUAUACACUCUUUGUCUCAAUCUCUCUUCCUUGGUACUCCUUGAUUCGCAUUUUAGAAUUUCUUCCUGUUGCAACAACCCGACCCGAAACAAUCAUGGGUGAUACCGCUGUAUGCGUGCAUCCUGAAGAUGAGAGGUACAAGGAUUUGGUAGGAAAGCAAGCUGUUGUGCCAAUGGGAAACGGGAGAACUAUUCCAAUUAUUGCUGAUGAAUACGUUGAUAUGGAAUUCGGUACAGGUGCCUUGAAAAUUACUCCUGGGCACGACCCAAAUGAUUAUGCCAUCGGUAAGAAGUUCGACUUGCCCAUUAUCAACAUUAUGAAUAAGGAUGGAUCACUGAACGAAAAUGCCGGGAGCUAUAAUGGUUUGGACCGAUUUGAUGCGCGGGAAGCGCUUUGGAAGGAUAUGGAGAAGGAAUCGUUAACCAUCAAAGUAGAUCCACAUACCCAGCGUGUCCCUCGAUCUCAACGUGGAGGAGAAAUUAUUGAACCUCUAGUGAGUAGUCAGUGGUUUGUGAAAACGGAAGGAAUGGGAGCGAAGGCUCUAAAGGCAGUUGAAGAUGGCGAUAUCGAAAUCAUACCCAAACGAUUCGACAAGAUUUGGAACAACUGGUUGACUGACAUUCACGAUUGGUGUAUUUCCCGACAACUUUGGUGGGGUCAUCGAAUCCCCGUCUGGUAUGUUGGCGAGACUGGCGAAUCUGAAUUCAUUGUGGCACGAAAUGAAAAAGAAGCUCGCAGCAAAGCUGUCGAAAACGGCCAUCCCGAAGACGUCGUUUUGCGGCAGGAAGAAGACGUACUGGAUACUUGGUUCAGCUCUGGUCUAUGGCCAUUUGCAACCGUUGGUUGGCCCGCGAAUGAAGGAGAUGUAAACUCCGACUUGGCUCGAUUCUAUCCAGGAACGUGUUUGGAGACUGGUUAUGAUAUUCUAUUUUUCUGGGUAGCUAGAAUGGUCAUGAUGGGAAUUGAAUUGACCGGAGAAAGUCCAUUUAGUGUUAUCUACUUGCAUGGGUUGGUAAGAGCUGCAGAUGGGAGCAAAAUGUCAAAAACGAAAGGAAACGUUAUCGAUCCCCUGGAUACCGUAGCGGACUACGGCGCCGAUAGUCUUCGAUAUUCUCUUGUUACCGGAGUGACUCCAGGCCAGGUAAGGCACAAGUCCUGAAUUUGUCAUCGAAGAGCCUGAGUAUAUUUGAAGCAGAGCAUUGCGAAGUGCCUACAUUAAUACAAUUUCUUUCUCAUUUGUAUUUUUACUGUUGUUUUCGGCACUGCAGGACAUUCCUCUGAACAUGGAGAAAAUCGAAGCAAAUCGUAAUUUUUGCAACAAACUUUGGAAUUCCUGUAAAUUUGUGACGGGCAACGCCCUUAAAGAUGCAGAUGAAGCUGAGAUGGAGGAACUUGGUGUGACUGGGCCGAUGAGCCAGGAGGAAUUCGAUAAACUAUUGCUCCCUGAGAAGUACAUCGUAUCAAAAGCCCACGAGCUUGUUGCAAGUGUAACGGAAGACAUUGAAAAAUACCAACUUGGUGCUGCGGGAAGCAAGAUCUAUGAAUUCAUGUGGGACCAAUAUGCCGACUGGUACAUUGAGAUUUCUAAGACCCGUCUUUACGAGGGAAAUGGUGGUGGUGACAUCGUAGAGGCAAAGGCCUCGAGACGCGUUCUCGUGUAUGUAUUGGAUAUCAUUUUAAGAGUCCUCCACCCAUACAUGCCUUACGUGACAGAAAAGCUUUGGCAUCAUCUGCCACGCGCUAAGGCCGGUGAAAACCAAGCGGCUCACGCACUGAUGCUUUCGGAUUGGCCUCAAAUGGAUGACGCUUUUCCACUUGUUACGAACCAUGACUCUGUGUCCACCUUCGAGUGUUUCCAAGCCGUGACCCGAAGUAUUCGCAAUGCCCGUGCAGAAUACAACGUUGAACAAGGAAAGAAGAUCAGUGCAAUCGUUGUGGCUCCAGCAGGUACAUUGAAGGAUGCGAUCGAAGCGGAAUUGAAAUCGCUUGUUCUUCUCGCGAGAUUAGAUCCCGAAGAUGCCAAGGUGGUUGAAGCUGGCAGCGACGACGCAAAGGCGGCUAAUAAUGACGAGUCGGUACAACUCGUUGUUCAAGACGGUGUGGAAGUGUUCUUGCCGCUCUCUGGUCUAAUCGAUCCAGAAAAAGAACGUGCCCGUCUGACAAAGCAACAAGGCAAACUUGAAAUUGAGAUCCAGAAACUUGCUGGUAGACUUAGCUCGAAAGGAUUCGUAGACAAAGCUCCUGCUGCAGUUGUGGACAAAGCCAAGGCUGAGUUGGCAGAACUAGAAAGCCAAGCCAAGAUGGUGCAAUCUAGUCUGGAUGCAUUGCCACAGUAACUACUUCUAACGAAUUAUGGUUAAAAAAUAGGAAUUGUACGAGUUUUUAAGAAGCCAGGCGCCGCAAAUGAAUCCUUUUUUCAUACACUCUAGAUUAUUCGUCUACCAGCCGAUAGCGUAGAGCAGCAGCAUCGGAAGCAUGAAUUUCAAUCAAGCGGGUGUGUUUAGUAAUGGAAACUAUGUAAAGAACUAUAGCGAUUGGAAUACAGUUACGGGUAACUG